AGAGAGAGAGAGAGAGUACUGUCCAGCCCUGAGGGAUUGCCGUGGCAUCAGUUCAUGGCUAGGGCGUCGUGGCCCCGGGGUGCCUUUGCGGCGCGGCGUGAGGCGUGUCGUUGUGGCGCGGGAUGGCAGGGCAGCGGCAGGGCGUGGCGGCGUACAUCUCCCGGCCAUUGUGCCGCGUGGGGCCGGUGUUUGGCGGCGCUGCAGGCAUGGGCGGCGGUGACGGGUGCUGCUCCAUCACCAACCCUGCCGGCUCGCCACAAGAAAGAAAGGUCCGGCCCGCCAUCCGUCACUGUCCGGCUGCUGUACACAGACCCAGCGUGGAGGAAGGCCGUCGAGGCUCAGCGGCGGUAGGACACAUUCUUGGCGCCAGAAGAGGACCUGACAUUUACCACGGCGGAGUCAACAUGCGUCUGUCUGCUGCAGCAUGUGUUUGGGCGGCAGUGAUGGUGGGUGCGGCCGUGGUGCAGGGAUGGGUCACCGCGGAUGAAGGGGAGAGACUGUGGCUGCGCGUGCUGGUGGAGAAGUCGUGGUUCACGAACUUCGUCGAGCGGAAGUCGCAGCAGCUGUCGUCCGUGACGCUGUGCGGAGCGGCGUGCAUGCGGCACGACUGGUGCCACCUGUGGUGCCGCGCCGCGCCCACCCACUGUCUGCUCACCUCCCUCAUCGUGUCGGGCUCGUACCAGCCUACUUCGCUCCAAGACGUCCUCACCUGCUACACCAGCAGGGGGCCGGAGAUGGCAUUUGGAUCCGGCAUCACGUCUUCGCCGCCGCGUGACGCCAUAAGAGUGAAAGAGAACCUUGUGGAUGGUGUCUUCCGUGGGGAUGUGAGGAACUGUGCCAUCGUGGAGAGGGACAACUCCUCCAAUCCUUGGUUCUUAGUGGACCUGAGAGUCGAUCGCCUCGUAUCCAAGGUCGUUUUGAAGGCUCAACCUACAGACUUGGCUGAGAUUCGAAUGUCAGGCAUCGAAGUGAAGGUCGGAGAUGUCGAAGAGGCAGGCGACUUCACCUCCUACACAUUGUUGGGAACUUUCAAUGACUCGCUGGUGGCCGGCCAGGAGGUGGCGCUGCUUCCUCCCGCCCCCGUCAGGGGCCGCUACGUCUCCAUUCAAAGGACAAAUAUUCGACAAAUGCAGAUCGCUCACUUGGAAAUAUUUUAGAGGGUCUCCCUUCCUCCCUACAAUCAGCUGAUUAUGUGACCCUUGCAAGCAUAAUAAACGAAAAGAAGAGUAAGAGUUUCACUUUCCGUUUUAUAAUGUUGUUUAUAGAUUCAGGUAUGAAAUAUUUCCUGUAAAAGAGAAAACUAAAUACAUAUAGUUCUUCACCCCAAAGGCGCCCUUUGGUAGUAAAUUGCAUGUGCCUGGCGCGCUACACACCCAGCUCCUGGGGGACCUGUGGCCGAGUCUUGCCGCUCCGUGGUGAGCUGUAAUCUGUGAUCAGAGUGGUCGAACUAUUCAAAUCUACCUACCGA